UUAUUUGACAAAACAAUUCUUGACUGAAUUGAAUUUUUUGGACACAAUAUGCAUUUCAACAUUUAAAUCACAAUAUAUUGUAUCGCAAUACUCACCACAUCACAAAAUGCUUAAAAUCACAAUAAUACCGUUUUGUGACUCAAGUAUUGGGAUAAAAUCGUAUGGGGAGCCUCUGAUGAUUCACCCCUUUAAUUUAAACUUUAUUUAACUUUACAUAUCAGCCUUUUAUUGACAGAGACUCUAAACUCAUGUGCCUUUUGUUACGCAGAAUAACACGUGCAGCACCUGCAUUUAUGACCCAGAAUGUUUGAACCUUUGUUCUCCUUCAUUAGUCUAAUCUUGUUAUAUUUUUACCUUUCAUGUCUUUGACGUGAUGUUCCUUAUCUAAUCUUCUCCCUCUCAUAUUCAUAUUAUCAAAACAUAUUCUCCGGUGCAGCUGGAGAAAAAGGAACAGAAAGGUUACGCACAAAAUUUGAGAACUGGGGUAAAUAGCGCUGACUGUAGGAGGAAACCACUGCAGCAAUGAUGAAUAGUUUUGAAAUACACAAAACUAUGUGAGUUUAUUUUGUGUUUCUGAGGUAAGGUUUGAACUGGGUAAUACGUUGAAUCUACACCUGGGAGAAAAAAGUUAAAGGCAUAUUCUACAAUAAGUAGAAUUUCUCUGAUGCGGUUAGUGAACACUACAUUUAACUUCUCUCCCCCCCAGUUUAACAACCAGAGAAGUGCUCGCCAUCCGACCUCGGUCCUUACUGGAACAAGCUUUGUUUGUGCAGUGUUUUGCAUGCAAUAUUUGCAUCUUUUCUGCAAUUGUCACAACUUCCUGUUUGAUUUAUGCUCAUGAUCUGACGCAGCACUCACACCCUGCACACAUUGGCUGGCUUUAAAGUUGAGAAACACAAAAGGUCACACUGAAGAGGAACUGAAAAAGGCAGAUAACAGCAGCUAAUAAAGACGCUGACACAGCAAUUUAGCUGAACUCAGAGUGACUCCGGUAUGUUUUUAUGGCUAUGUUUUUACCAAUAUGUGAAUAUAAUUUAAAGGAUAUAAAAAAAACUCUUGGAUUAAUCAUUAACCAGCUGUCGGUGUUCUGUCUGAGGCAAAGGUGUGUCUUUAUCACACGGAUGGCUGCUAUAAAUACUUGUAGCAUCCUUAGAACAGAGUGGAAAACAGUUGCAAGCGAGGAGUUUAUUUUCUGCAAAGUGACAAUGCUUUUCUCUGUGGGACUGAGCUUUGUGGUGCUGCUGUCAGCCACGGUAGCUGCUGCAAAGGAGAGAGUGGGGUAUGACUACAACAAAUACCAUCAGAUGGAGGAGAUCAGCGGCUGGAUGGCUCAGAUGGAGAAAGAAUACCCUGAUAUUGUGACUAUCGUGGAAUACGGACAGACCUAUGAGAAGAGGGUUAUUAGCUUGCUCAAGAUUGGUGUGAAUACUGGAGCGAAGAAGAAGGCGAUCUGGAUGGACUGUGGGAUCCACGCCAGGGAGUGGAUCGCCCCGGCCUUCUGCCAGUACUUUGUCAAAGAAAUUCUGCAAGCCUACAAAACAGACCCGAAGAUGCAACAAAUGAUGAAAAACAUGGACUUCUACGUCACGCCUGUGCUCAACGUGGAUGGCUACCUCUUCUCCUGGAGCGACGAUCGACUGUGGAGGAAGAACAGGUCACCGGGUCCUUCAGCCGGCUGCUACGGCACCGACCUCAACCGCAACUUUGACGCCAACUGGGGCACGCUCGGGGUGUCAAACAACUGCAGCUCCCAAAUCUACCCGGGAGCCCAACCUGUGUCCGAGCCUGAGGCCCAAGCCGUAACUUAUUUCGUGGGAAGCAGGAAGGACGAGUUCCUGUGUUUCCUCACCAUCCACUCCUACGGCCAGCUGCUCCUGGUUCCCUAUGGACACCCCAACUUCACCGCCAGCAACUACAAAGAGCUGAUGGAUGUGGGUCGGGCUGCAUCAGACGCCAUUAAGAAAGUCCACGGGAAGCACUACACCGUAGGAACCUCGCCGGACGUGUUGUACGCCAACUCCGGCUCCUCCAGAGACUGGGCCCACAUGUUGGGGAUCCCCCUGACCUACACCUUUGAGCUGAGAGACAAUGGGACGUAUGGCUUUAAGCUCCCUGAGGAUCAGAUCCAGCCGACCUGUGAGGAGGCCUACAGCGGCGCCCUGCACAUCAUCAGCUACGCCCACGACAAGACCUUCAACGGCGCCGCGGCCGCCUCGGCCACCCUGCUGACCGUGCUGUUGGCGGUGUGUGUCACCGGCAGCAGCGUCAUGUGAGGAGGAGAAAACUGCACCUGAGCUGCCCCGCUUUCACUUACAAUCAUCCUGUAUGUAAAUAUACAGCUGCAUCUCAAUAAAUUAGAAUAUCAUAGAAAAGUUUAUUUAUGUCUACUUCAAUUCAAAAAGUGGAAAUAACACAUUAUAUAGAUCCAUUAGACACAGAAUGAAACAUUUCAUGUCUUAAUUUAUUUUAAUUAUAAUGAUUAUGGCUUACAUUUAUUGAAAAUUCAGUGAAUUCAAAAAUUUGAAUAUUACAAAUAUUAAUUUUAAAAAGUAUGCUUAAUAUGGAAAUGUUGGCCUCUUAAAAGUAUGUCCAUCUACAGUCAUGGAAAAAAUGAUUAGACC